CUCAAGUUGGUAGGCUGCUCCAACUCUUGUUUGGGUUAUAUUUUAACAAGCGAAUCAGGACAAAGUACUGACAUUUUAUUCGGAAAGGUUAUAGUCGCGACGCCUGGGGUGAACGAGAUCAUGUCCUCCAUCAAGGUAGAAUGCGUGGUGAAGGAGAAGAAUAGGAUUGGGGAGGGACCUGUGUGGGAGGAGAAGGAGGGCACUUUGCUCUAUGUGGACAUCUCAGGCCAGAGAGUGUGCAGGUGGAACCCCGUAACCAAUCAGAUAAAGAGUAUUACCACAGAGAAGUUUGUGGGUGCUGUGGUCCCGCGUAGGUCAGGGGGCUACAUAAUUGCAGAGGGAACACGCUUUGCUGUCUUGGACUGGGAGAAACAAACCAUCACCACCAUUGCACAUGUGGACAAUGACAAGGCAAACACCCGCUUCAAUGAUGGCAAAGUGGACCCUGCGGGCAGGUUUUUUGCUGGUACUAUGGCAAUAGAGGUGCGGCCAGCAGAGCUGGAGAGGAAGCAAGGGUCUCUCUAUACACUGCAUCCAGACCACUCUGUUGUGAAGCACUUUGACCAGGUGGACAUCUCUAAUGGCUUGGACUGGUCCCUGGAUCACAAAACCUUCUACUACAUUGACAGCUUGUCCUUCACCAUAGAGGCAUUCGAUUAUGACAUACAGACAGGAAGUAUCUGUAACCGGCGGGAGGUGUACAAGCUAGAGAAGGAUGAAGGCAUUCCAGAUGGCAUGUGCAUCGAUAUGGAGGGCAAGCUGUGGGUGGCCUGCUACAAUGGGGGGAGAGUGCUUCGCAUUGACCCACAGACAGGCACACGCAUGCAGACAGUGAAGCUACCCGUGGACAAGACCACCUCCUGCAGCUUCGGAGGAAAGGAUUACUCUGAGCUGUAUGUCACGACAGCCUAUGAAGGCAUGGACAGCGACUACCUUACAAGACAACCUGAAGCCGGAUGCAUAUUUAGGAUCACUGGUCUGGGUGUUAAAGGAAUUCCACCAAACUCAUUUGCUGGGUAAAAUAUAGAAUAUUGAAAGUAUAUUCACAAUUGAUGUACCAUAAGUAUUAUUAAACUACAUAUCAAAUGCCUCAAUAACAAACAUUGUUAUCACUAUAAAAAAUCUCACUCUUUAGUCAUUUUAAAGUUCAGUCUCUGUUCAGUUAACUCCAAAUCAGAUGCUCAUAAUCCAGACUGCAGGAGCCUGUCUUUGCAAUAUUUCAAGGUUUUUGGUGCCGAUCACAGCCUGUUUAAAGUUUAAAGUUGUUGUAAUGACAGUUGAUUGUAAAGGGCCAGCACUGGUGUGAGGGCUUGGGCAUGGCUAUGUGUUUAGACUGGGAUCUGUGUUUGUGUUCUUAAACAGAGGGCUUUCUUGCACAGAUGUUUCAGGACAGGUACAAUGACCAUUUUCAAGAACAGAGCAGUUGAUAGUUGAUCGGUAUUAUCAGUAUAAUUUCCUUGACCUUUGAACUGAAAAUUAAACAUUAACCAGACCUGAGGCUGAUCAGCAUGAUUCUGUUCAAGACUUAACAGCUGAUGACUUUGAGCUAUACUAGAUCAGUGGAUUGAUGAUUGAUGAUCAGAUGUAAUGCUAUUAAGCUCAUCCAUUUGUUGUUUUAAAGUUUCUAAAAGUUUUUUUUUAAGUUGGUGAACAGUGUUAACCCAAUACAUUGUGCAUACAAACUUUUACCAAUACCAACAUCUUAAUAAAAGUGCCAUUAAUUUUUAACAGAUCAGUACAUAGCAAAAUGAAUAUAUCUAUUUGUAUGCAUUCAGUAGAGAAAUAAAAACUAGACAUUUGUAUUAAAAAUAUUUAAUGGAUUGAUCAUUCACAUAACACAAACACUUACUCAACAGCAGUAUAGCAAUUGGUGUUCCAAAGGGGCAAAUUAAAAUGUAAAAAACACAAAAUGAACAUACUCUGGCUUAACUGUAAUAAGUAUGUACACUGGAACUCAUCCAGCAUAUAACUAACACGAAUAAACAGAGCAGGUAAGAGGAGCUGUAUGUCGGUUUCAUGCCCCUGGAAGACUCUGUGUAUCCUAGUUUUUCCUCCAACCUUCUGCUAUAGAUGAUUUAACUGUUCCACUUGUCCAUGCAUUUCUGCCUUUUGUUGACAUUUUGUGAGUCAUACUUUACAUUCCAUCUGAAGAUUGUUCUUGUUCCCUCUGGUACCCAAGAAACAUUUUACUACAGGUA